AUGAUCCUACUCGAGAUGCCAGUUCGCGAUGUCUUGCGCGCACAGCAAGUCGACCGCACCUGGCAGGCCUUCAUCAAAGGAUCUCCAAAACUCCAGCAAGCACUCUCCAUGCGCCCCAGCUCCGACGUCCUGCUUCGGGUCAAGGCGAAGGAAGGCCACAAGUUGCCUCCCUGCACCUCGUUAGAUGAGUGCCGGGAGUACAGCAAAACCGAUCAGCAUCUUGGAUCUGCUGCCUACUGCUACACUGUCACAGAGAACUCGCGAGCGCUGAAGACACCAAUCAGCAUCAAUCCGUUCCUUUGGAUACAUACAUGGCAUUACCGGCUUCUCAUGAGACUAUCAGGGCCAGGGCAAGACGGCAUCACGACUGCGAGCUCCAGUAAGGAAUCGUGGCGUAACAUGUUGCUCACGCAACCGCCUAUGCAAGAGAUCCUCAUACAGGCCUGUAACCGUUGGCACGUAAUCCGUGCAAAGUCGGACACUCCUGGACUCACUCUGUCGGACUUGGUGGAGGUGAGGAUCGCGUACCCAGAUCGCAGGAAUGACGAGUAUUACGACUUGUGGUCCGGGACCGGCUUCCACCUGUGGGAAAGGGAUGAUGUUGCUGGAGACAUGGUCUCUGAACUCGCCGGCGGACCAGAGUUUGGAGAGUGA